ACAGCUGUGAGUGUCUUUGUUUUUUUUGUAUAUGUCAAUCAAAUCGGCGAUAGGUUGAAACGUCGAUUAUUAAUUUUGAAAGCGUAGCUACCCUGUUAAUUUUAUAUUGGCAGUUACUGGGAUUAACGUUAAAUACAUGCACGUUUCAGUAUUUUGCUUGUAAAUGUAUACUUUCAUUUUCAUUUUAUUUUGUUUAUAAAGGACAACGCACAUUAAUCAACAUUUCUGUAAAUGAGCCAGUGUUAGCAAGCCGGCUAAUUUUCAGAAAACCGACAUUAGCACAGGUGAACGUGUACAAACAGAAGUCAAUACGACACCACAAAGACAGCUAGCCAACUAGCUAGAGCAACAAAAUAAACUUUCUCAAGAAGCCAUGCAGGGCGAAAGAUACCGUUAAGCUAGCUAGCUAAAUUCUGGUAUGCAUUGUCCAAUAACGUUAAAUGGUGAUAUGCCAUCAUAACGAUAAAACGAAGCUGCACAGUCCCAAAAUGUCUCGUCCUCAGCUAGCUAGCUAAAUUCUGGUAUGCAUUGUCCAAUAACGUUAAAUGGUGAUAUGCCAUCAUAACGAUAAAACGAAGCUGCACAGUCCCAAAAUGUCUCGUCCUCUUAGCAUGUCUAAGGACCGUGACGCUGAACUUCAUUCAGAUACUGUGAAUUGAAUGUCACAAAACCGCAUGUCAAAUGCAGGUUUAUUGACUUUAGGUCUGUCAGGUUUCCUGGGCUGCCAAUAGUAAAUUCGCAUGACUUACAAUUUACCUAGGGACGGCAGUUUGUCCGACAAACUUUUUAUUUACGUUUAUUUAACCUGUUAUUUCCGUAACGUUAGUCAUCUUCAUGAAUUACUUCGAAAAGAGGUUUUUAUUGGAAAAAGUGCUUGGUUCAUUACAUCAGAGACAGGUGGUGAACAGACCAACCUAAUCUACCCUCCAGCCAAAUAGGGAGUCUGGCCUUUGUUUACCUGCCUCUCAGGUAAAAGGGGAGCAGGGGGCAGGGCCACCCACCCAGUAGGAGGGAUGCCUGUGGAGGGCGGAGGCAGCAGCGGCUCUGCUUCGGCCGCCCGUCACCCCAAGCAGAAGCGGAAGGCUCACAGUUUGUCUAUCCGGCGCACCAACAGCACAGAGGAGAGGCCACUAGGAUUCCAAAGAGGAGACAUGCUGGAGGGACAGGACUCGAAACUGCCCCUCUCCGUACGGAACAACCUUCUUGACCUUUUUGGCCAGAUUGAGCGCGAGUUUGAAAAUCUUUACAUUGAAAACCUUGAAUUACGCCGGGAAAUCGACUCUCUGAAUGAGCGUCUGACCGGAGAUGGACAGACUAUUGAGGGAGGAGACCCCACCAAGGGAGCUCUGAAAACAAAAGCCAGCCACAGCACCAGUCAACUGUCACAGAAGCUGAAGACAACCUACAAAGCCUCUACCAGCAAGAUUGUGUCCAGUUUUAAAGCCACAGCAGGGUCCCGGGCUUUGUGCCAGCUGCUCAAGGAGUAUGUGGGCCACCGGGAUGGGAUCUGGGACCUCAGCAUCACCCGAACUCAGCCAGUAGUCCUGGGCACCGCCUCCGCAGAUCACUCAGCUCUGCUGUGGAGUAUAGAGACUGGGAAAUGUCUGCUGAGGUAUGCUGGCCAUGCAGGAUCAGUCAACUCCAUCAAGUUCCAUCCUACAGAGCAGAUGGCCCUCACAGCCUCUGGGGACCAGACGGCUCACAUCUGGCGCUACAUGGUGCAGCUUCCUGCCCCCCAGCCACCACCAGAUGUCAGUGCUCCGUGUGAUGACGACCAGGACUCGUCAGACAGAGAAGAAGGCGAGGUGGAUGGCGAGGGCCCUUGCGAGGUGCCCACCGUCCGGCUCGCUACAGCAACCCUGAAGAGCCACCAGGGUGUAGUGAUCGCAGCUGAUUGGUUGGUGGGAGGCCGGCAGGUGGUGACCGCUUCCUGGGAUCGUGCUGCCAACCUGUAUGAGGUGGAGACGUCUGAACUGGUUCACACACUCACUGGACAUGACCAGGAGCUGACCCACUGCUGUACCCAUCCCAGCCAGCGGCUGGUGGUCACUUCAUCCAGAGACACCACCUUCAGACUGUGGGACUUUAGAGACCCGUCCAUCCACUCUGUCAAUGUCUUCCAGGGACACACUGACACGGUGACGUCUGCAGUGUUCACAGUGGGUGACAAUGUGGUUUCAGGGAGUGACGAUCGCACCGUCAAGGUGUGGGAUUUGAAGAACAUGAGAUCGCCUAUAGCAACCAUCCGCACUGACUCAGCUGUGAACAGGAUAAGCGUCUCUGCCAACCAGAGGAUCAUCGCUCUGCCACACGACAAUCGUCAAGUGCGACUGUUUGACAUGAGUGGAGUGAGGCUGGCCAGACUUCCACGCAGCAACAGAAUGGGUCACAGGCGAAUGGUGUGUUGUACAGCGUGGAAUGAAGAGAACCAGUCGUGCAACCUGUUCACCUGCGGCUUCGACCGACAGGCCAUCGGCUGGAACAUCAACAUCCCCGCCCUGCUCCAGGAGAAGUGAUGCCCCUGAUACACACACACACACAACAGAAACACACAGUAAAGUAGGAGACAGUAAAGUAGGAGACAGAACACUGUAAUCAGUGGCCUCGCACAUGCCAGAAUUUUUAAAGUGUUUACCCAGUGAAGAAUUUUAGUUGUCAUGUAUUUCACAGAUUUUCAGCUGCUGCGAAUGUGUGUGUGUGUGUGUGUGUGUGUGUGUGUGUGUGUGUGUGUGUGUGUGU